UGAUGUCUCCUUAACAAGUUGGUUUUUCUUUUUUCUGGAAACUUAGAUUCAACUUGCAAGUGAAGGAGUUGCAUAUUGGCAGACUGAGAUUUUGGAUCACCCCAGUCUUGAGUGCAACUUUCACUGGGGAGAACAUGGCCAAAGUUCAUGUGUGUAAUGUUGUGGUCUUGGACAAUCCAUCAAAUUUUUUAAAUCCAUUCCAGUUUGAAGUGACAUUUGAUUGCAUUGAGGACUUGCAAGAUGAUUUGGAGUGGAAGUUAAUUUAUGUAGGUUCUGCUGAAAGUGAAGAGUAUGAUCAAGUCCUUGAUACAGUGUAUGUUGGACCUGUUCCAGAAGGGAGGCAUAUGUUUGUGUUUCAGGCUGAUCCACCAGACACAAAAAAAAUUCCACCAGAAGAUGCAGUUGGUGUCACUGUGAUUCUUCUCACCUGUUCAUACCGAGCACAAGAAUUCAUUCGUGUUGGCUACUAUGUCAAUAAUGAGUAUGGGGAUGCAGAAUUGAGGGAAAACCCUCCUGCCACAACUCAGUUUGACAAGCUGUCACGAAACAUUCUGGCCAAUGAACCUCGUGUCACUAGGUUCAAGAUUGACUGGGGGGGAGGAGGAACCACUACAAAGGAAAGUGAUGAUGAGUGUCCCUACUUGUCCAAGCAAAGCCAGAUGCAUGCCUCAAUAGAGUCCAAUGAAAUGGACUCAGCUAAUAGCACCGGAAGCCUUCAGGAACCUCCACUGUCAUCUAUUGAAAAUGGCAUGAACCAUGCUGCCAUGGAAGUGUCAUAGAGUGAGGCAAAGAAGAAAGGAACAGAAAUCUCUUUUAUCCUCCCUCAUCCAUGAGAUUCACGUGAUCAUCCCUGGUGUGAAUUGUCACAAGGCCACGUGUCUGCUUUUCAUGUGUAUUCUCUUAAGCAUUAGUUCUGGCAUCCUUUUUUUGGAAUUGUCAGGUUUUCAGUCAGUAUC